CAUCCGUGGACAUGUAACGAAACCGAUCAAAAGAAGCUAAAAAUAAAAUUUGGCGAGGGAAACGAGAGAACCUAAAACCCUAAAAAAAUCCUCGCUUUUUGCUUCUCGAGCUCGAAAGAGUGUUCGCAUGAGUGUCUCUUCUAGCACGAAGAAGCUUUAGCGUCUUUUCUAGAUGGCGGGGAUUCUCCGAAACGCUUCUUUACUGAGACGCUCUCUGUUCUCGUCUGAGGUGUUUAGUAGAGGUGUGGUUGGCACAUCGUUUCAACUCCGAGGUUUUGCUGCCAAAGCUAAAAAAAAAUCAAAGUCAGAUGGAAGCACAUCCUCAUCUGAGGAAGGUAUGUCGAAAAAGGAGAUUGCUCUUCAGCAAGCACUUGAUCAGAUUACCACUUCCUUUGGCAAAGGCUCUAUCAUGUGGCUCGGUCGUGCUGUUUCUCCUAGAGAUGUUCCCGUUUACUCUACCGGAUCUUUUUCCCUCGAUCUAGCUCUAGGAGUCGGUGGCCUUCCCAAGGGACGUGUUGUGGAGAUAUAUGGUCCUGAAGCAUCUGGUAAAACAACACUUGCUCUUCAUGUUAUCGCUGAAGCUCAAAAGCAAGGAGGUACCUGUGUAUUUGUAGAUGCUGAACAUGCGCUUGAUUCCUCACUUGCCAAGGCAAUCGGUGUAGAUACAGAGAAUCUGCUUCUAUCGCAGCCUGAUUGUGGCGAACAGGCCCUUAGCCUUGUGGACACUCUAAUCCGAAGUGGUUCUGUUGAUGUUGUUGUUGUUGAUAGUGUGGCUGCUCUUGUACCUAAAGGAGAACUCGAGGGAGAGAUGGGUGAUGCUCAUAUGGCUAUGCAAGCCAGAUUGAUGAGCCAGGCUUUGCGUAAACUGAGCCACUCUUUAUCGUUAUCCCAAACCCUUCUCAUCUUUAUAAAUCAGGUGAGAGCAAAACUUUCUACAUUCGGAGGAUUUGGAGGUCCAACAGAAGUAACAUGCGGUGGGAACGCCUUGAAGUUUUAUGCUUCAAUGCGUCUGAAUAUCAGACGAGUCGGACUUGUCAAGAAAGGUGAAGAUACAACGGGGAGUCAAGUUGCUGUGAAGAUAGUGAAGAACAAACUCGCGCCGCCUUUUAGAACGGCGCAGUUUGAGCUCGAGUUUGGGAAAGGGAUCUGCAAGGUCACGGAGAUAAUAGAGCUGAGCGUUAAGCACAAGUUCGUCGCCAAAAACGGAACGUUCUACAAUCUGAACGGGAAGAACUACCAUGGGAAAGAGGCGCUGAAGAAGUUUCUGAGAGUGAAUGAAGCGGUUCGAGAAGAGCUCGUGACCAAGCUCAGGGAGAAGCUCUUGGUCGAUGAAGCUGCAGAGAAGGAAUCGGAAUCUGAGGAAGAGGAGGAAGAGGAUUCUGGUCGAGUUUUGGUUUCAUCUGAGAGCACAGAUGAUGAAGCACCACCAGCUCUAGUUGUUGCUGCUACUGUAGUUGAGUCAUGAUCAGUCACCUCCGGUUAAGUAUAAUAUUCUUCUUUGGGUUUAGAGUUUUUUUUUCGGUUUAAUGUGGAUUGGGUUCGGUUUUCCUUCUCCCCCGUGUAAUUUAUGUGUGAAGUUAACCACUUUUUACAUGUAUUGGUGAGAGAUUUUUGUAGUUUUACAGGGAAAGUUUAAUGUUUUAAGGAAAAACUGAAACAUUUUGUCAGUUAAA